GUGUCUCCUGCAGAGGUGCGCGUUGGGCCUAUGAGACUGACGCAGGACCCUAUUCAGGUCUUACUAAUCUUUGCAAAGGAAGAUAGUCAGAGUGACGGCUUCUGGUGGGCCUGUGACAGAGCUGGUUACAGAUGCAACAUUGCUCGGACUCCAGAAUCAGCCCUCGAAUGCUUUCUAGAUAAGCAUCAUGAAAUUAUUGUGAUUGACCAUAGGCAGACUCGGAACUUCGAUGCAGAAGCAGUGUGCAGGUCGAUCCGGGCCACGAACCCCUCGGAGCACACAGUGAUCCUCGCGGUGGUGUCACCAGCAUCUGAUGACCAUGAAGAGGCCUCAGUCCUUCCUCUUCUCCAUGCAGGCUUCAACCGGAGAUUUAUGGAGAAUAGCAGCAUAAUUGCUUGCUAUAAUGAACUGAUUCAAAUAGAACAUGGAGAAGUUCGCUCACAGUUCAAGUUACGGGCCUGUAAUUCAGUGUUUACAGCAUUAGACCACUGUCAUGAAGCCAUAGAAAUAACAAGCGAUGACCAUGUGAUUCAGUAUGUCAACCCAGCCUUCGAGAGGAUGAUGGGCUACCACAAAGGGGAGCUCCUGGGGAAAGAACUUGCCGAUCUGCCCAAGAGUGACAAGAACCGGGCAGACCUUCUUGACACCAUCAAUACGUGCAUCAAGAAGGGAAAGGAGUGGCAGGGGGUUUACUAUGCCCGACGGAAGUCCGGGGACAGCAUCCAACAGCAUGUGAAGAUCACUCCAGUGAUUGGCCAAGGAGGGAAAAUUAGGCAUUUUGUCUCACUCAAGAAGCUGUGUUGUACCACUGACAAGAAUAAGCAGAUGCACAAGAUUCAUCGUGAUUCUGGAGACAUUUCUCAGACAGAGCUUCACUCUGCCCGGCACAAGAACAGGAGGAAAGAGUCCAUUGAUGUGAAGUCCAUUUCAUCCCGAGGCAGUGACGCUCCGAGCCUGCAGAACCGUCGCUACCCAUCCAUGGCGAGGAUCCAUUCCAUGACCAUUGAGGCGCCCAUCACAAAGGUUAUAAAUAUAAUCAAUGCAGCCCAAGAAAACAGCCCAGUCACAGUAGCAGAAGCCUUGGACAGAGUUCUGGAAAUUCUGCGGACCACGGAGCUCUACUCUCCUCAGCUGGGAACCAAAGACGAAGACCCGCACACCAGUGACCUGGUUGGAGGCCUGAUGACCGAUGGCUUGAGAAGGUUGUCAGGAAACGAGUAUGUCUUCACAAAGAACGUGCACCAGAGUCACAGUCACCUCGCAAUGCCUGUCACCAUCAACGAUGUCCCCCCAUGUAUUGCCCAGCUGCUUGAUAAUGAGGAAAGCUGGGACUUCAACAUCUUUGAGUUGGAAGCAGUCACACAUAAAAGGCCAUUGGUUUACUUGGGCUUAAAGGUCUUCUCCAGGUUUGGAGUAUGUGAAUUUUUAAACUGUUCUGAAACCACUCUUCGGGCCUGGCUCCAAGUGAUUGAAGCCAACUACCACUCCUCCAAUGCCUACCACAACUCCACCCAUGCUGCAGAUGUCCUACAUGCCACGGCUUUCUUCCUCGGAAAGGAAAGAGUCAAGGGAAGCCUUGACCAGUUGGAUGAGGUGGCAGCGCUGAUUGCUGCCACAGUCCAUGACGUGGAUCACCCUGGAAGGACAAACUCCUUCCUGUGCAAUGCAGGCAGCGAGCUCGCUGUGCUCUACAAUGACACUGCGGUAUUGGAGAGUCACCACACGGCUCUGGCCUUCCAGCUCACCGUCAAGGAUGCCAAAUGCAACAUUUUCAAGAAUAUUGACAGGAACCAUUAUCGAACGCUGCGCCAGGCUAUUAUUGAUAUGGUUUUGGCAACAGAGAUGACAAAACACUUUGAACAUGUGAACAAAUUUGUGAAUAGCAUCAACAAGCCAAUGGCAGCUGAGGUUGAGGGUGGUGACUGUGAGUGCAGCCCGGUGGGGAAGAGCUUUCCCGAAAAGCAGAUCCUCGUCAAGCGCAUGAUGAUCAAGUGUGCCGAUGUGGCCAACCCCUGCCGCCCUCUGGACCUGUGCAUCGAGUGGGCCGGGAGGAUCUCUGAGGAGUACUUCGCACAGACGGAUGAAGAGAAGAGACAGGGGCUGCCCGUGGUGAUGCCCGUGUUUGACCGCAACACCUGCAGCAUCCCCAAGUCCCAGAUCUCCUUCAUUGACUACUUCAUCACAGACAUGUUUGAUGCGUGGGAUGCCUUUGCACACCUACCAGCCCUGAUGCAGCACCUGGCUGAUAACUACAAACACUGGAAGACAUUAGAUGACCUGAAGUGCAAAAGUCUGAGGCUGCCGUCUGACAACUAAGCCAAGCCAGAGCAGGGGAGCUCUCGACCUACAAAGGGCACUGUGAACCACAGGAGUGUACGCAAUAGGCUGUCCUUUAUAACACAUGACAGUGUAGGUUAAGGAGCUAAUGGCUAAUAUUUGACCUUGAAUCAUGCGAGUCCCCAAAUUUCGGUUUUAGCAAGUUAAGUACCAUAAAGAAAAAUACACAUUCUUUUGAAUAGUCACUUUAGUAACAAAACAAACACUUGGCAAAUCCUCUACUGCGCUGUCAUCCUGUGCACCUGUGUCACACCUUGGAGCUGAGUCACUGUAACUAGCAGGACACAGCAAUGCCUGGUGCCUGUGAGGCCAUCCCCUGGUGGUGACCAAGUAGCUUAGCUAGUGUUCGGUUCUUCUCUUACCAUAAGUCACUGUUGCUGUUUAGCUUGACUGUUCUGAAGAGCAUCGGUCUAAAGGAUUCCUCAGAAGCUUAUCUGAACAGAUAUACCUAAGAAAAAGGUUACAUGAAAUGAGCAAAACAAUUAGGACCCAUCAUUGAUAAACUAGUUAGCUUUACAGCUUCCGUGGCUAGGUGGCUCCUUUGUUGUGGAAGUGCGACACCCCAGUUAAGAGUGCAGCCUUGGUCUGGUGAGCACCCUCUCCUGGGCGUCAGUAGCCUGUGCAGCCCUUUGUUGUAAAGGAGGGGGAAGCCAUCCACGAGUGGGGGGCUCACUCGUGGGGGAAUCCACUAGAUUCCCUUACUUCUGGCUCUCGGAGGCAACCAUGAGGCACUAUGCUGAGUAUUACACAAAAGCCAUCAAAUCUAAAUGCCCUUGGACAGCAUUUUUUUAAAAAAAUUUAUAUACAUUUGCUGUUUAAAAUUUUUAUUAAAACAAUCUAAAUUUCCUGGGUCUAAGCCCAUGGAGUUUGUUGUACUGUGCACCACCUAAGCGUAUAUAUUUGGUGAAGGGAUGGGGAAGUUUCAAGGUUCAGAUUAUUUUUAACUUACCUAUAUUUGAGAUCAUAUCAUCUGCUCUAGUGAUAUAUAAAAGGGAUUGCAGGAUGUAUAAAUAUAUCAGAAUAUGGAGAGUAAAUACUAUUUUAAGCUAUUAAUUGUAUGCUAAAAGCUUCUGAAGCACAAGUGCAUAUUUUUAUACAGCUCUUUUCACAACUUUCUGUGAUCUACAUAAAGUCAGACUUGGGAUUUUCCUUUUACCAGCCAACUCUUCUCUGUGUAUUGUGAAUAUUAGAAACUUAGUAAACAAAAUAUCUUGUUUUUCUCUUUGAACUCCAUGCUGCAUUUCUAAGGGAUAUAAAUAGGGACUGAAUUAACUGAAUCAGUAGUUAUUUUUCCAAAUGAAAAUCAGAAUGCAGAACACAUGAAACUGGUACAUGGAAAGAAAAAAAAGUGACAUUAUAUAAUGUGCCAAUGUUUUUUUUCUAUGUUUUGUACCAAAAAUGGGAACAUAUAUGACAAUUCCAUGCAAAGAAAUGUAUCUAAAUUAUUUUUGUUAGAUGAGAAGAGAACUUGCUUGGUUGGGACAGCAGCCAGCUUUGUAUUAUAAUGCUGCAUUAUGUAAAUGUGAUGAAAUGUUUUUGUGAAGUACCUGUAACUAAAUUCCUACAGCCAUUUUUCAUCCCCCAACAGCUGUUUUUAUUUUACCUCUUUGGCCUAAAUUUUUCAUAAUUUCAAAUUUUGGGUUUAGUGUCCUUUAUUUCAUGAGUCACACACUUUGUUUUCAUAACACAUUAAAACAAGGAUGCCAAAAUCCCAUAUUAAGGAUUUAUAAUUUAUAAAUUAUAAAAUAACUUGCCUAGGCGUCAGAAGUUUGCUUGAGGCAAGGACAGUAAUCUUUUUUUCUGACUUUUUGGUUCCAUUUGGUAAGUAACAUUUAUCAGGUGUCUGACAUUUGCCAUAUGAAACAUUACAGCUUACUCAGUGUUCUAUCAAAUCAAUGUCACAUUAACUUCAAACUCUGAUAUUGAUGUGGGAAGUUAAAUGCUUUAAGACAGCCAAGUACUAAAGCUUCAGCACAGCUGUUAUCUAGUAUAUUCUUCCAGGUAGUCAAUUUAUAAUACAGUCUUUCAGGUGGUAUAUGUAUCAGUCUCUACAUAAUACAAAUGAAUGAUUACCUCUUAUACUGAGCUGCUUACUAAAACAGCAUAUGCUGAGGGGAGAUAUUAAUUUAGGAAAACACCAAAUGAUCUUAGUCUCAUCAUUACUAUAACUCUAGCCAGAAGUGAGUUGUAGAACAGUUACUGGACCUUAAUAAGAUUUUGAAAUUUUCUUGCCCUGGGUCAGGACUGAUUUACAUCUUGGGCAAGAAGAAGCCCCACCAGCAUCCACAUAACUUGGAAGAAGUGGAAAGUAUGACCCACUACUUUUCAGUGUGCCGUGUGAAUAUAGACACAGAAGGAAGUAAAAGUAUUUUAAAUAUAUGUGACAAGGCACAAUACAUAGUGUUAGUUCUGGUGUCGCUCAGAUCACUAAGUACUGGAAACCAAGGUAGGAAAACCUAAAAAAAUGCAUUAAAAAUAUAUUAAACUCAAUUAUCAUUUAUUGUAAAUCAAAAGUUCAACUUUUAGCAAGUCUGCAUGUUACUACUGAGCAGUGAUCAGGUUCAGGUCUCUAUCAGAAUCUCCUGUCAGUCUGCUGCCCUCCUUUGCUUUACCUCAGGCACUCGGGAUCAACUCUACCAACUAGGUGAGAGGCUGCUCUCUGAACUUACCAGGUUCUCCUAGUGUCCACUCAGUUAUCUAGAAUGUAGUGACAUACAGGGUUUGCUGUGGUGCUGUGUUCCUAAAACUCAUAAAAGACUAACCGAGAACAAGUUAGGAAACAAAAAAGUUUUUUAAAAAAUCUAUGAAUUCCUUACCAUAGUAAAAAUGUAUGAAUUCCUUAUAUAUUACACAAUUUAAGAAAACGUCUUUACUAACUCAUGGAAUUUGCAAAGAAAAGCCCAUGAGAAGAGAAGUUAAAGCUUUACACAAGUCUGCUGGAACCUGGCUGAAGUGCCCAGCAGCCUGAGGCGGAGAUCAGACCACCUGUUGAGAAGGAUGCUGCCUGCACUCUGAUGUCUCCAUCAAAAGUCAAAAAGCUGCCUCAAGGUUCCAGCUUGGACAGGCCUUGGGAACAAUGGUUCACUGGGUCAAAGGCAGUGCCAGUUGUCACGUUCACAUUCUUCUUUGCCAUAA